GCAGCGCUGCCCUCAAAUCAAACAAAUCAAAUCCGUAGUCAGAUUUGAUUUAUUUGACACUUUUUGGCACUGGAUUUGUUGUUUGAGAUAUUUGAUCAAACAUUUCAAAUGUUCCAAAUCUCAGCGCCGGGGUUCUCCGAUGUUAUCCCUGGCCUCCCAGUGGGGCUAUUUUGUUGCGACCCUAGACCUCGAGCACGCGAACCUCAUCUCUUCAGCCAAUCGCUACUUCCCACCAAAGACCAAGCCAAACCCCCACCAGCCGGAAUACAUCCAACCUUCACCAAAAGAUCAUCUCCUAGGCACCAUGCAUGAUCUCAAGUGCAGGCUGUGCUUAUCAGCAAUUUCAUAGACCGCAACUGGAAAACGGUCAAAAAAGCCUCUUAACCAUGAUAGGUUUCCUGGUACAUUUACUUGCCGGUCGGCAAACGCGGCACCACUACACCUUGCAAUUCUGGCGACACAAAUUCCCAGAAUGGGCUACCCUAGUUUUUUAGACAAUGAUCGUUCUGGUUCUUCACCUCUCCUAAUCGCGCUUGACGGCUAAGGGUGAGCAAAACCAGGCCGAUGGAGAAGGGGUUAGU